AGUACGUCAAGGAAGGGAAUUCCGGCGAAACGCCGAAGCCGGGCGCUUUUGGUUCCUUGGUGCUUAAAUGUCGGACGGUGGAGACCUUUUGUUUGGCAUCUCCUGGCGGGAUGAUGUUGGCCCGGCUGACAGCAGAACCAGAGAGGAAGCUUGCCAAACGGCUUUGCAAAGUGGUGCUGGACCAUUUUGACACUCAGUAUUCCAGAGAGCUCGGAGAGGCCUGGAGCGCAGCAAGGGAUAUACUAACAUCUCCAUCAUGCUGGCAACAUGCUGUUCUUCUUAACCGAUUCAAUUACUCUUUUGAACUGGAGAAGGAUUUACAUUUCAAGGGCUAUCACACACUCCUUCAAGGAUCUUUACCCUAUUAUCCUAAAUCAUUGAAGUGUUAUCUUAGCAGACGUCCCCACCGGAUACCUUCAGAAAGACACCAAAUUGGAAACCUAAAAAAAUACUAUCUCCUGAAUGCUGCCUCUCUUCUUCCAGUACUGGCUCUUGAAUUAAGGGACGGAGAGAAGGUUCUGGAUCUGUGUGCUGCUCCUGGAGGCAAAUCAAUCGCUCUGCUGCAGUGUGCUUGUCCAGGUUAUCUUCAUUGUAAUGAAUAUGAUAGUCUGAGAUUGAGGUGGCUGAGGCAGACGUUAGAAUCUUUCAUCCCAGAGCCUUUGGAAAAUGUAAUUAAAGUGUCUGAAUUGGAUGGCAGAGAAAUGGGAGAUGCCCAGCCUGAAAAGUUUGACAAGGUGUUAGUUGAUGCUCCUUGUUCAAAUGAUCGAAGUUGGUUGUUCUCUUCUGAUUCUCAGAAGGCAGCCUGUAGGAUAAGCCAAAGGAGAAAGUUGCCGGUUCUACAGAUAGAACUCUUAAGAUGCUGAACUGAAGAAUAGAAAUUUGGAGCAGCCUUGCAAUGUCAAUUGAAAAGCAAGGAGUAAUUGAUACUACUUUCUGUGGCAUUGAGUUACUUUCAAAAUAGCUUUAUAAAAAUUUAGGUUGCUUACCAACACAUUAACUUCUCUCUGCCAUCAGCACACUGAACAGCCACUAGUUUCAGAAAUAGACUAUGAAUAAAUGUAAUGCAUUUAAAUGGUGUGUACUGAAUUUUUAAAGCAUCAGAUACUAUCUGUGGUUUGGAAUCAAGGCAGUCUGCAGUCCUUUUAUCCAAUUAUAUAUAUCCAUCUAGCCUUAUGCUCAAGAUUGCAUGUUAUCCCCUUAGCAGUAUUGUG